AAUUUUAAAAUACAUAAGUGAAUAGACUUAAAUGUUUUCUAUAAUAUUUUAAUUUAUGGAAAACUGUUUCUAAUGUAGAAUAAAAAAUCUUUGACAGAAAUGAACUUUGUUAAACUUUUCUUGUUUAUAGCAUGCAGUGUUAUUUUCAUCGAACAUGGAUAUUGUUUGUUUGCGAAUAAUCGAAGGUCAAAUACGGAAUCAAAUGUCAUACAAAACCAAAUGAGAACAAAUAUCGAUAGACGUCAUAAUAUUGAAAUGCGAAAUGCGAACAAUCAAAAUCUUAGAUCAAAUAUUGGAUUUGCUGUUAAAUAUCCUGAUCGCGUGGUUUCCAGUAAAUUCAAAGAUUUUGAUAAAAUGGCAAAUAAGCUUUUCGCCAAUCGAAGGUCCAAUUCAGGACCUAAUAUCAGGUCAUAUCCAAUAUAUUUAAAUGCAUCAGCAAAUAUAGCCAGACGUCAGAAACUUGCAGGAAUACAAGAGCAAAAUAAAAAUCAAAGGUCAAAUUCAAUACCUAAUUUUACAAAAAACUAUUUGGAUGCGUCAAAAAAUGUAUCUAGACGUCAGAAUAGUUUAAUUCGAAAUUCGAACAAUCACAUUCGUAGGCCAAAUUUAGUAUCCAAAAGAAAUCAUGUAAGUGUAACAGGAAAUACAGUGAGACGUCAGAAUAUUGUAGCAACACGAAAUGAUCAAAACCGAAGGUCAAAUUCAGGAACCAAUUACAGAAAAAACCAUAUGGAUACAUCAUCAACAAUAAUAAAUGGACGCCAUAGAGGUCGUAACCCAAAACCAUAUUACAAUCCAAAGUAUGGAAAAAGAAAUAAUAAGCUUCAAUAUUCACAUAAAAAGCAUCAUAAAUUGCUAAAAUUGAUAAAUCAAAAUGUAUCACAUCGUCGUGUUUCUAAGCCAUCUGUUAGUAUGCCACAAUUAAAAAUAACGCAAGCUCAAAUACGUGAACAAAUUUUUAAUAACUCUUUUAAUCCUACGUCUAAACUUCUCCAACGUAAUGCAAAUAAAGGCAUAUUAAGGGCAAAAUCUGUAUCGAAUCCCUUUGCUUUUCACGUAAACGACGACGAAUAUAUCCCGUAUCCGUCUAAAGCAAAUACUGGAUUUCCUGUUACAUAUCCUGAUCCUGUGAAUUCAAGUGAAUUCAAAGACAUGAAUAAAAUGAUGACGCUUUUCUCGAAUAUGCGCAAUGAUUAUGACAAUAAUGUGAGUUAUGAUGAUGAUCAUGAUUAUGAUGAUGAUCAUGAUGAUGAUCAAGAUUAUGAUGAUGAUCAUGAUUAUGAUGAUGAUCAUGACUAUGAUGAGAAUGACCAUGAUGAGGAUGAAUAUGAUGAAGAUGACCAUGACGAGGAUCACAAUAUUGAGUAUGACGAUGCUGUUGAUGAUAGCAGAGAAUAUUAUAACGACGACCCAGUAAAUUUAAGCAAGGCAAAAAUUAAUCUAGAAAUAAAUAUAAAUACAUAAAAAUGUUCAAUUGAUAUUUUUCUUGUACUUAUUUAUUAACUU